CUGUCAUUUUGUAUCCAUUGUUAUAUAGUAUUUACAUUCAUAAAAAACGCCUUCCCAUGUUGCAUGUAUAUUGGUCAGAUGUAUCAAAACGAUAGAAUAUAUCACAUAUUCUAUCGCUGACAUAUUUUAUAUAUGUCAACGUGCCCUCGUUUUACUCCCUAUUGUUUCAUCCAUGUCUGACUUGAUCGGGUGUUCCUCAUCAAGCUCGUAUCUACUUAUUAUAGGGACCCGGCAGGCAACGUCGACCGAGCGCCAAAGAGCCUUCUUCGAAACUGAGUCCACGGCCACACUCCGGAGCAUGGGGAAGAAGUCAAAGCAAUUGACUUCUUCUCCACGAUUAGCAGAAUUGGCCAAUUUCUUCAACCCCUCCCGUUGACCCAAUCAGAUCUGGACGCCAGCACCAGCUUCUCGAGAAUUGCAAUUAACCAAAGCCAUCGAGCGGAUUCUCUGUGUAACACUUGCUCCGAGCUGUUCCAAAUACACAGAGACGUGAGUGGGAUCCGAUAGCACCCAUUCCCACUCCCAACUAGUUUUUAUCCCGCUCCAAGAAGAGUGGAAUUUUACAGUCUCCUCAAAUUUACGGAAAGCGCGUUCUGUCCAUGACUUCGUCGCUUAUACGCCCACUGCCACAGCACCGGAGACUCGGACAUCAAGAAACUUGAGCUAUGGGUCCAGACGUUUGCACCCUUGGCAGAAUGUUUGCUCGUUGACAGGUUGGGAUCUUCUGUCAGUGACAUUCCUCGUCGACCGAGUAUACGCUGUAUCGAGUUCCUGUACGUGACUAUACGAUUUUUGUCUACGGCUGAAAUCGAGGCCAAAUUCAUCCCGCAGGUGAUGCAGGAUCUGUGAAGAGGUUCAGAAAUGGUGGCAUCGAAGAUCUCCAGCACGGCGGUGAUGGCUGUGCUGAUCUUCGCUGAACUAUUGCACAGCGCUUCGGCUGUGACGCACACAGUGACUUGGACGUAUGCGGAAAACGCUACGCAGUUCGAUCAAUGGGCCAGCGCUCAGACCUUUCAAGUCGCUGAUAUCAUUCAUUUCGAUUACGACAGCAGCCACAAUGUUUUCGAAGUGACCAAAGCGGACGUGGAAAGCUGUAACUUGAACAAUCCAAUUGUGCAAUACAAGACGGUGGGUGCAAAUGUUACCUUGGUCAGAUCCGGGUACUUUGGCUUCAUCUGCGGCGUUCCAGGCCACUGCGACAGCGGAUUUAUGAAGAUGAAUGUGCAAGUUCUGGCUGCAAACUCCUCUUCCCCUCCAUCUGCCACUCCCUCUCCUUCUCCUUCUCCUUCUCCUUCCCCAUCUCCAACCUCUUCUUCUCCUGGACCAGGUCCCGUCUCUUCACCAACUGCUGCUCCUCCCAUCUCCGCACCAACUGAUUCUCCUCCUCCCUCGAUUUCUCUUUUACCUUCCGAUGCUUCCAGCCUGCGGUCCCGAGCAGUGAUGAUCGUCGGAGCUUUGGUGGCUGGCUGCACAGCUGUCUUUGCUUGAGCGGACAUAGACAUACAUAGUCUGACGACUAUUAUCAGCUUGUAGCUUGAAGUCUCUCAUUCAGCAAGAAGUUGCAACCCUGUCGCGCUAUCUGAAAGGAAUCUGUCGGACCAUAAAGAGAACAUUGCAAUAUCCUAAAUUGGAGAUGAUUUCUAGAAUUGCAAACUAGAGGUCAGUGUGGCAAAUAAAUCAGUUAAUGACUAUUCAGUGCCGCGCUUGUAAUCGGCGAGUUGCCUUUCUACCGACGCUGCUCGGUUUUAGUCGUACGUUGCAUUGGUUAUCUUGUGGGUGGCUUUAAAACAGGAGAAGAACUGGAGAAGGAUGACAACUAUCCAGACAUGCGAGGCAAAGCAUAGAGAGGUUGAUUUGCCAAGCCAAGCAGUACCAUCCAAUCACUGUUGAACGGCGUACUGACACAACAUGGAUUGAAGCUCUGAAAAUCUUAUCACCAA